AUGAGCGCUUUCGUCAAAAAUAAAGACAUAAAUCUAUGCAUAAUAUACUUCGCGUCGGCAAAAGUGUUUCAGUCCUCCUCUCAGAACUCGCUCUUCAUUUGGAGCCACGAAUUACUUCCCAUUUCUUACUACUACUCAGUCAUCACUUUAUGUGAAACAGUGUCUCAAUUGGCGCUCAUUUCUGUGCCGCUCAUUAUUUUCUAUAGCAAGAAAAAAGAGGUGAUUGUAAUGAAUGGAAUCACUCUAUCGUUAUGUUUGUCUAUCUUUGGGACUUUACUACUGAUAAGUGCUUUACUCGGGUUCACUCUUCCGGACACUAAUCACCACAAAGUAUCCAAUUCUUGGCACCAAAACAAUACAACUCUCGCCAAUCAUUGCCAGUGGAGUGAUGUCUCCCAAUAUCCAAACCACAAGAAAACACUUAAAAACGGUAUCCUUAAGAAUAAUGGACCACAACAACAGUCACCCAUGAUCAGUUUAUUACGAAAACAAGAACUUAUGCGACAAAAGGAUUACGAAUUAGAAGCCAACGAUAGGAUCACUGAAUUAAACGACUCGCCAAACGAGAUCUGCACCAUUAGAGUGACUUUCCGGACUCUCGAUAUUGAAUUCUUCAGACUCUUCAGUAUCUGA